AUGUACCUGGUCACUGUGUUUGGAAACCUGCUCAUCAUCUUGGCUGUCAGCUCAGACUCCCACCUCCACACGCCCAUGUACUUCUUCCUCUCCAACCUGUCCUUGGUAGACAUCUGUUUCACCUCCACCACCAUCCCAAAGAUGCUGUGGAACAUCCAGACAAAGAGCAAAGUCAUCACCUAUGAAGGCUGCAUCACACAGAUGUAUUUUUUCAUACUUUUUGCUGGGUUGGACAUCUUCCUUCUAACUGUGAUGGCCUAUGACCGGUUUGUGGCCAUCUGCCACCCCCUGCACUACAUGGUCAUCAUGAACCCCCGGCUCUGUGGACUGCUGGUUCUGCUGUCUUGGAUCAUGAUUGUCUCCUUAUUUUAUGGUACGCUCCUAGGAGUGUAUCUCAGCUCUACUGUUAUCCACAGUACACACUCAAGUGCAACCGCCUCGGUGAUGUACACUGUGGUCACACCCAUGCUGAACCCCUUCAUCUACAGUCUGAGGAACAAGGACAUAAAGAGGGCCCUGGAAAGAUUCCUUGGCAGACAUUUUCCUUGGUCACCACACCACACAGUGUUUGGUCGACAAACUAUAUCUGCCUCCGAAACGCCCAAUUCAGGCGGAAAUGCCACGUUUUCGGCGGAGUCCUCUUCCCGGGCUUACUGGUGCGGGAGUGUCCGUCUGCGCUCCGAGCAUUUGUCCUUGUCGCGGGUGUCGGUGGAUGUGAAUCGGGGGUGA